UGACAUUUAGUCAAUAUGGCGGCAGCGGUAACCGACUUUGAGCCAUGGUUAAACGAUAAAUUAAAAUCAUUAAAAACCGAUGAAGGUGUGUUUGGAUCAUAUAUAUCAGGAAUUUUAGAAGGCGAGGAUACUAUUGACGAAAAAAGAGAUGCUUUAGAGGGUCUUCUGUCUGAAAUAGUGGAGAAUGAUAUAUCGAUCCAUGUCACUGAAAUAUUAGAAAAAUGGGAAUCAAGUCGCCCUUUGGAAGAAGCUCCAAAGCCAGCUGCAGAUGUAGAUAUUCAGUUAACAAAAUUAUUGGAAUCUCAGUCCCUCGCCACCACCACGCGACGCGAGUACACAGAUGAAGAGAAAAAGAUCCGAGAAGCAAUAUUAUCGCAGUACAGUCAGCUAUCAGAUAAUGAGGCUGAUGCGGAAAAUGUGGAAGAAACUGAGAGUUCAGACCUAGUAAAGAACACCAAUGCUCUGGAUGUAGCAGCUGCUGCGAGAGAGCGCCGAGAGCAAGCACGUCUUGAUGCACAGCGUAAGAAGGAAAAAGAUAAAGAGGAUAGAGAAAAACAAAAACAACUAAAGGAAGAAAAGAAGGAAAAACGCAAAACACAAAAGGGAGAAAGGAAGCGGUAGCAGCUUCUUAAUGUAGAGAGUUUUUUUAGGGUGCUCCAAAUUAUGUAGUAAUAGAUAAAUCUGCUGGAUAUUAUUAUGUCUUGGAAUUAUCUUUUAGCUGCAUUCAUGACUUCUAGGUAUUUGUAACUAUAUUUUUAAAAUAUUUGUCUUGAAAAACAAGCACCCAAGAAAAAACACAUUUUAAGCAAUGUUCUAACAGAAUAAUUCCAAGACAUUUACCCUUAUAAAAAGUAUGAUUUCUAUUGCAUAGUCUUACCAAAUUGCAUUUAUGAAACUGAGAAUUUCAUUAUAAAGUGAUUCAUAUCAAUUGAUUUUGACAAAUGUAACAUUCAUUUGCAAAGAUUUUCAUUGUAGCAAAUAAUGUAUCUCCUGUCAAGAGUAUAUUAAGCCAUUUAUUUAUAAAGAUACCAAUCUAUAUGCUUUAUAUUUGACAGAUACCAAUUCUCUUGUAACAUACAGUAUUUUGCCUUGUAUUGAAAUAGUGAAAAAUAAUAAAAUAAUUGGGUUGUAGUGCUUUCAUUAUUCUUAAUAGUUGUUAUUUAUUAUAUAUACAUUAUAAUGAAACAUG